CCCUCAGCCCUCCCGCCGCCUCAGGGAUCUCGGCCGCGGGCCGGCAGCGGAGCGGCGCCCGGAGCCCUCCCGCAGCGGGCAGCCCCCGGUGCUGCAGUGACCGAGGCUCGUCCCAGAUCAGGCUCCCGAGGCUCUUUGCUACGAGACUCUCACAUCUUUCGGUGUGACGGCCUUGAUGUAAAUAGACACACGCGGACACUUGGAAUCAGCGGGGCAGCUCCAGGAGCAGAGUCAAGGCCGUAGGCGGGCGCGGCCGGGCGGGGCGGAGGCGGAGCGGGGCCCGCCAUGAGCACGCAGGCGCGGGGCCAGGGCGGGCGCAGAGCGGCCGAGCCCGACGGCGAGAUGCCGGCCACCGAGAAGGACCUGGCGGAGGACGCGCCCUGGAAGCGGAUCCAGCAGAACACCUUCACCCGCUGGUGCAACGAGCACCUGCGCUGCGUCAACAAGCGGAUCGGCAACCUGCAGCACGACCUGAGCGAUGGGCUGCGCCUCAUCGCGCUGCUCGAGGUGCUCAGCCAGAAGCGCAUGUACCGCAAGUACCACCAGCGGCCCACCUUCCGCCAGAUGCAGCUGGAGAACGUCUCCGUCGCCCUCGAGUUCCUGGAGCGGGAGAGCAUCAAGCUGGUCUCCAUCGAUAGUAAAGCCAUAGUUGACGGAAACUUGAAGUUGAUCCUUGGCCUAAUAUGGACCCUGAUCCUCCACUACUCGAUUUCCAUGCCCGUGUGGGAGGAUGAGGGUGAUGAUGAUGCAAAAAAGCAGACCCCGAAGCAGAGGCUGCUGGGCUGGAUUCAGAACAAAAUUCCUUACUUGCCAAUCACGAACUUCAACCAGAACUGGCAGGAUGGCAAAGCACUGGGGGCUCUUGUUGACAGUUGUGCUCCAGGCCUGUGCCCUGACUGGGAGACCUGGGACCCGAGCAAACCCGUUGACAACGCUCGCGAGGCCAUGCAACAGGCGGAUGACUGGCUGGGUGUGCCGCAGGUUAUUACUCCUGAGGAAAUUAUCCACCCUGAUGUGGAUGAGCACUCUGUAAUGACUUACCUGUCACAAUUCCCUAAAGCCAAGCUGAAACCAGGAGCUCCUUUAAAGCCCAAACUGAAUCCAAAGAAAGCAAGAGCUUAUGGCAGAGGGAUUGAGCCUCAUGGGAACAUGGUGAAGCAGCCUGCCAUCUUCACAGUAGACACCAUCAGUGCUGGGCAGGGAGACCUGAUGGUCUUUGUAGAGGAUCCAGAAGGAAACAGGGAAGAGGCGAAGAUAAUGCCAUCCAGUGACAAAAACAAGACCUAUUCAGUUCAGUAUGUGCCAAAGGUUACCGGACCUCACAAGGUCUCGGUCCUGUUUGCCGGCCAGCACAUCUCGAAGAGCCCCUUUGAAGUGAAUGUUGACAAAGCCCAGGGAGAUGCGAGCAAAGUGACAGCAAAGGGACCAGGAUUGGAGGCAACAGGAAACAUUGCCAACAAGCCUACCUACUUUGACCUCUACACUGCAGGUGCCGGUGUGGGUGACGUGAACGUGGAAGUGGAGGAUCCUCAGGGGAGAAGCCUUGCUGAAGUUACAGUAGAAGACAAAGGCAACCAAGUCUACCGCUGUGUCUACAAACCCAUUCAAGCCGGUCCUCACAUUGUCAAAGUGACUUUUGCAGGGGAGGCAAUUCCCAAAACUCCUUGCAAUGUUCUCGUUGGAGAAGCCUGCAAUCCAAAUGCUUGUCGUGCCACCGGUAGAGGCCUGCAACCUAAGGGCGUCCGCAUCAGGGAAACAGCUGACUUCAAGGUUGAUACGAGAGCAGCGGGCAGCGGAGACAUCGGCGUGACUAUAAAAGGACCAAAGGGCUUGGAGGAGCUUGUGAAACAAAAAGGCUUUAUGGACGGUGUAUAUGCAUUUGAAUAUUAUCCAGCUACCCCAGGGAAAUACAUUGUCACGAUUACAUGGGGUGGACACAACAUCCCCAAAAGCCCCUUUGAGGUUCACAUAGGUCAUGAAGCAGGUCCUCAGAAAGUACGAGCCUGGGGGCCAGGACUGCAUGAAGGGAUUGUGGGCAAAUCAGCUGACUUUGUGGUAGAGUCCAUUGGCACAGAAGUUGGCUCUCUUGGCUUUGCAAUAGAAGGUCCUUCUCAAGCUAAAAUUGAAUGUGAUGACAAGAAUGAUGGUUCAUGUGAUGUAAGGUAUUGGCCCAAAGAGCCUGGUGAAUAUGCUGUGCACAUCAUGUGUGAUGAUGAGGACAUAAAAGACAGUCCUUACAUGGCCUUCAUCCGACCAGCUUCAGGAGACUUCAACCCGGAUAAGGUGAAGGCUUAUGGUCCAGGCUUGGAGAAAACUGGCUGUAUAGUGAACAAUCCUGCUGAGUUCACAGUUGAAACCAAGGAUGCUGGAAAAGCACCUCUGAAGAUGUAUGCACAGGAUGGAGAAGGAAACCCUAUUGAUAUCCAGAUAAAGAGCAAACCUGACGGUGUGUUUGCCUGUUCCUAUGUGCCAGUUAAGCCAAUCAAACAUACAAUUUCUGUUGUCUGGGGAGGAGCCAACGUGCCCAAUAGCCCAUUUAGGGUCCUGAUAGGUCAGGGAAGUCAUCCUCAGAAAGUGAAGGUGUUCGGACCUGGUGUGGAGAGAACUGGCCUGAAAGCGAGCGAGCCAACCCACUUCACUGUUGACUGCACUGAUGCAGGAGAAGGUGAUGUCAGUGUUGGAAUUAAGUGUGAUGCUCGUGUGGUCAGCGAUGAGGAAGAAGACAUAGAUUUUGACAUUAUCCACAAUGCUAAUGACACGUUCACAGUGAAGUAUGCCCCACCUGCCGCUGGGCGCUACACUAUUAAAGUGCUUUUUGCAGGAGAGGAAAUUCCUGCCAGCCCUUUCAGAGUUAAAGUGGACCCUUCACAUGACGCCAGCAAAGUGAAAGCUGAAGGACCCGGGCUGAACAAAACUGGUGUGGAAAAUGGCAAGCCAACACACUUCACCGUGUUCACUAAGGGAGCUGGAAAAGCACCACUGGAUGUGCAGUUCAGCAGCCCUGUGCCAGGAGAGGCAGUGACAGAUCUGGAUAUCAUUGACAACUAUGACUAUUCCCACACCGUUCGGUACACCCCAAUACAGCAGGGUCCAAUGAAGGUCUUGGUGACUUAUGGUGGUGAUCCUAUCCCUAAAAGCCCUUUCACUGUGGGAGUUGCUGCUCCGCUUGACCUAAGCAAAAUUAAAGUCAAUGGACUUGAAAACAGAGUGGAAGUAGGGAAGGAUCAGGAAUUUGUAAUUGACACCAAAGGAGCUGGUGGACAAGGUAAACUGGAUGUUAAUAUUGCCAGUCCUUCAAGGAAAGCUGUGCCAUGCCUGGUGGAGCCAGUUCCGGGUAAGGAGUGCAGUACGGCGAAGUACAUCCCGAGAGAAGAAGGACUGUACAUGGUUGAUGUGAGUUAUGAUGGCAAUCCGAUCCCAGGGAGCCCCUAUACUGUGGAGGCCACUCUACCUCCAGAUCCUUCCAAGGUAAAAGCUCAUGGCCCAGGUCUUCGAGGAGGCCUUGUUGGAAAACCAGCCCAAUUCACGAUAGAUACCAAAGGGGCAGGAACUGGCGGUUUGGGUUUGACAGUAGAAGGCCCAUGUGAAGCUAAGAUUGAAUGCUCAGACAACGGUGAUGGAACCUGCUCUGUCUCCUAUCUGCCCACAAAGCCUGGAGAGUAUUUUGUAAACAUCCUCUUCGAAGAGGUCCACAUUCCUGGUUCACCAUUUAAAGCAGACAUAGAAAUGCCAUUUGAUGUCUCUAAAGUUGUUGCCACAGGCCCAGGUCUCGAACGUGGCAAAGUAGGUGAAGCAGGGGUGCUGAAUGUCGACUGUACGGAAGCGGGUCCUGGUGACCUUCGAGUGGACAUGGUGUCGGAUACUGGUUCUAAAGCUGAAGUCCAGAUUGACGACAACAAAGACGGGACCUACGCUGUGACAUAUGUGCCUCUCUCGGCUGGCAUGUACACAAUCAAGAUGAAAUAUGGUGGAGAGCAAGUGCCUAAAUUCCCUGCCCGGGUCAAAGUGGAGCCAGCAGUGGACACAAGCAGAGUUAAAGUGUUUGGACCAGGAGUGGAAGGGAAAGAUGUAUUCCGGGAAGCUACAACUGAGUUCACUGUGGAUGCUCGACCUCUAACAAAAGCUGGUGGUGACCACAUCAGGACACAGAUCACAAGCCCAUCUGGCUCCCCCGCAGACUGUCAGAUCCAAGACAAUGCUGAUGGAACAUAUGCAGUAGAGUACACGCCAUUUGAAAAGGGUCCCCACACAGUCAGCGUAACAUACGAUGGUGUGCCUGUGCCAAACAGUCCCUUCAGAGUGAACGUGACAGAGGGCUGCCACCCGUCACGUGUAAAGGCGCAAGGACCCGGACUCAAAGAAGCUUUCACAAAUCAGCCAAAUGCCUUUUCGGUUGUGACCAGAGGGGCAGGAAUUGGUGGCCUAGGAAUAACUGUUGAGGGACCUUCAGAAUCUAAAAUUAGCUGUAAAGAUAACAAGGACGGGAGCUGCAGCGCCGAGUAUGUUCCUUAUGUUCCAGGAGACUAUGAUGUCAACAUCACUUAUGGGGGAGAACAUAUUCCUGGCAGUCCUUUCAAGGUUCCUGUGAAGGAUGUUGUGGAUCCCAGCAAGGUGAAGAUUGCAGGGCCAGGUCUCGGAACAGCUGUUCGAGCCAAAAUCCCACAGUCCUUUACUGUAGACACCAGCAAGGCAGGAGUAGCGCCCUUGGAGGUGGUGGUGGCAGGACCCAGAGUGGAUGAGACGGAUUCCCAGGGAUCGAGCUCUCCUUUGAAAACGAUUUCGGAUUUUAAAGGUGAUCCAAAGGGUGACACUGCAACAGGAAUUGUGGAGCCUGUUAAUGUGGUAGACAAUGGAGAUGGCACCCACACAGUGGUGUACACCCCCACCCUGGAGGGACCGUAUAUGAUUUCUGUCAAGUAUGCUGAUGAAGAGAUUCCUCGCAGUCCCUUCAAGGUGAAGGUGCUUCCUACGUAUGAUGCCAGUAAAGUGACAGCGAGUGGACCAGGUCUCAGUUCCUAUGGCAUACCAGCCAGCCUGCCUGUGGAGUUUGCUGUGGAUGCUAAAGAUGCCGGGCAGGGGCUUCUCGCUGUACAGAUAACUGACCAAGAGGGCAAGCCCAAGAGAGUGGACAUUCAUGACAACAAGGAUGGCACUUACACCGUGACCUACGUCCCCGACAAAACGGGCCGCUAUACAAUCGGUGUGAAGUACGGUGGCGAUGACAUCCCGUCCUCUCCCUACCGCAUCCGGGCAUCUCCAGCAGGGGAUGCCAGCAAGUGUUUGGCUACAGGUCCUGGGAUUGCACCCACUGUGAAGACUGGUGAGGAGGUUGGUUUUGUGGUCGAUGCCAAAUCAGCAGGGAAGGGAAAAGUGACUUGCACCGUCCUGACACCAGAUGGGACAGAAGCUGAGGCAGAUGUUGUUGAAAAUGAGGACGGGACUUACGAUAUCUUCUACACUGCUGCCAAACCAGGAACCUAUGUGAUUUAUGUCCGCUUUGGUGGGGUGGACAUUCCCAACAGUCCUUUCACUGUUAUGGCUGUAGAUGCAGAUGCUGCUGCCGUGCGGUCACAGGAGACAGUGGGUGCGCCCCCCGCUGGAUUCCGCCCUUGGGUGACGGAAGAAGCUUAUGUACCGGUUGGAGACAUGAACGGCAUGGGAUUCAGGCCCUUUGAUAUGGUUAUCCCCUUUGCUGUAAGGAAAGGAGAAAUAACAGGUGAAGUACACAUGCCCUCUGGAAAGACCGAUACUCCAGAUAUUGUGGAUAACAAGGACGGCACAGUAACAGUGAGAUAUGCUCCUACUGAAGUUGGACUGCAUGAAAUGCACAUUAAAUAUAUGGGAAAGCACAUCCCAGAGAGUCCUCUGCAAUUCUAUGUGAAUUAUCCAAACAGUGGCAGUGUGUCUGCUUAUGGGCCUGGCCUCAUUUAUGGGGUUGCCAAUAAGCCAGCGACCUUUACCAUUGUCACAGAAGAUGCAGGAGAGGGUGGACUGGACUUGGCUAUUGAAGGACCUUCAAAAGCAGAAAUCAGCUGCAUUGAUAACAAAGAUGGGACGUGCACAGUCACAUACCUGCCUACUCUACCCGGGAACUACAGCAUACUGGUCAAGUACAAUGACAAGCACAUCCCAGGCAGCCCGUUCACAGCCAAGAUUACAGAUGAUAACAGAAGACGGUCCCAGGUUAAGCUUGGUUCUGCUGCUGACUUUUUAUUGGACAUCACUGAGACUGAUCUCAGUCUCCUAACAGCCAGCAUUAAAGCCCCAUCAGGUCGUGAUGAGCCUUGUCUUCUGAAGAGGCUGCCCAAUAACCACAUUGGUAUCUCAUUCAUUCCACGGGAAGUAGGAGAACAUCUGGUUAGCAUCAAGAAAAAUGGGAGCCAUGUACCAAACAGCCCUGUAACAAUCAUGGUGGUCCAGUCUGAGAUAGGAGAUGCCAGACGAGCGAGAGUUUUUGGACGUGGUUUGGUAGAAGGACGAACCUUUGAAAUGUGUGACUUCAUUGUAGACACAAGAGAUGCGGGUUAUGGUGGCAUCUCGCUGGCAGUUGAAGGACCCAGCAAGGUAGAUAUCCAAACCGAAGACCUUGAAGAUGGAACUUGCAAAGUGUCCUAUUUUCCAACUGUACCUGGCGUGUACAUUGUGUCUACUAAAUUUGCAGAUGAACAUAUUCCAGGCAGCCCAUUUACUGUGAAGAUAAGUGGUGAGGGAAGAGUUAAGGAGAGCAUCACACGAACAAGACGGGCUCCCUCUGUUGCAACAGUUGGAAGCAUAUGUGAUCUGAACCUAAAAAUUCCAGAAAUUGACUGCGUGGACAUGACAGCCCAGGUAACUAGUCCCUCUGGAAGAAACUUUGAUGCAGAAAUAGUAGAAGUUGACAAAAACACCUAUUGCGUCCGCUUUGUACCGCAAGAAAUGGGAGUUCACACUGUGGAUGUCAAAUACAGAGGGCAGCCCGUGCCCGGCAGCCCCUUCCAGUUCACCGUGGGGCCGCUUGGCGAGGGUGGAGCUCAUAAAGUGAGAGCUGGAGGCCCGGGGCUGGAGCGUGGAGAGACAGGCAUCCCAGCUGAGUUCAGCAUAUGGACACGGGAAGCUGGAGCUGGAGGACUGUCUAUUGCAGUAGAAGGCCCAAGUAAAGCAGAAAUUGCCUUUGAAGACCAUAAAGAUGGAUCUUGUGGUGUAUCAUACAUAGUUCAAGAGCCAGGCAACUAUGAGGUGUCCAUAAAGUUCAAUGAUGAGCACAUUCCUGAAAGCCCCUACCUGGUUCCAGUCAUCGCCCCGUCUGAUGAUGCUCGCAGGCUCACUGUCACUAGCCUUCAGGAGUCUGGAUUAAAAGUUAAUCAGCCAGCAUCCUUUGCUAUAAGGCUGAAUGGGGCAAAGGGCAAGAUUGAUGCUAAAGUCCACAGCCCCUCCGGAGCUGUAGAAGAGUGCCAUGUGUCUGAGCUGGAGCCAGACAAGUACGCUGUUCGGUUUAUCCCCCACGAGAACGGAAUCCACUCCAUCGACGUGAAGUUCAACGGAAGCCACGUGGUGGGCAGCCCCUUCAAAGUGCGCGUUGGCGAGCCCGGGCAGGCGGGCAACCCUGCGCUCGUCACGGCGUACGGACCGGGCCUGGAGAGCGGUACCACGGGGUUGCAGUCGGAGUUUUUCAUUAACACGACCAAGGCUGGUCCAGGUACCCUCUCUGUUACAAUUGAAGGGCCAUCAAAGGUGAAAAUGGACUGCCAGGAAACUCCAGAAGGUUACAAAGUCAUGUACACACCCAUGGCUCCAGGAAACUAUUUAAUUGGAGUUAAAUAUGGUGGACCUAACCACAUAGUGGGCAGCCCCUUCAAGGCAAAGGUUACAGGACAGCGACUGGUUAGCCCAGGCAGCGCAAACGAAACUUCUUCCAUCAUGGUAGAGUCAGUGACGAGGUCAUCAACUGAAACCUGCUAUAGUGCCAUUCCCAAAUCCACCUCGGAUGCCAGCAAAGUGGUUUCCCGGGGAGCAGGACUCUCAAAGGCUUUUGUGGGUCAGAAAAGCUCCUUUUCUGUGGACUGCAGCAAAGCAGGUUCAAAUAUGUUGUUAGUCGGUGUCCACGGGCCUACAAUACCGUGCGAAGAAGUAUCCAUCAAGCAUUUGGGCAGCCAUCAGUACAAUGUGACCUACGUCGUCAAGGAGAGGGGUGACUACGUCCUGGCGGUGAAGUGGGGCGACGAGCACAUUCCUGGGAGUCCUUUCCAUAUCACUGUUCCUUAAUCCCAACCCACAUCCGAGUCAGUCUGUGUGUUUGCAAUUCAGAUGUAGAGUUAUACUGGGUGCAGUCCUGUUGCAAAAUGCAGUAUCUAGAUACACACGGCUCACAUUUCAAUACGCUCAGAAGUAAAUUCUGUAACUUUGUUUUUACAAGCAUUUCACUUCUCUUCUACUUAUCAACAUAAUGUAAAUCUAUUUAAUAUCCUCUUCAAAUUGUACCUUUGCAGUACUGUCCAGGUCACUGUCAAUGUUUGGAGAAUCAUGUGGAUAACUAGACACUAAUUUCCCUUGUGGAUGUUAAAGACUUUAGAUGUUAAUUGAAAACUGGAAUUUGUCUUUGUAAUUGGGUAUCUUAACUACUGAUUUUAUUUGACUGGAGACUUUACAUUUUAGUUAUGGAACAUGACUUGGGCUGUCCCCAGUUCAAAUUCUUUUCUGUAAAGAAAUGAGAUAAAACUGGUACUAUAAUAGGUGCCUUUGUAUACUUGAUCAAUUUUAAUGCUUAACAUAAUAAAAGGCUACUAAAAGUGGCUUUACCAUUCAAAUUUAAAAUGUUUUUGAAAAUGCAUUGCUAAUGGUUUACAUUUAGGAAAAGUUUAUCUUUUAUAGCAGACCAAAAGCAGACUUAAAAUUAUUUCCUGAGAGCUUUCAGCCUUUAUGUUAAUGCUUUGUAAAUCUAUACAGGUAGCUUUUUGGCCGUGAUGCUAGCAAUGCGUUUUUUAAUUAGCUUGGGAUUCUGGUGAAAUUUCUAAAACUUUGCUUUACAGGUAACUCCCAACACGCUUACUGAUUUAUUUUCUUUUUAAGAACAACUCCCAGUUUGGCUGCAUUAAAUAAAGUCCCUAGCUUGCCAAGCCAGGCAUAGCUCUCAUCUGAGUGACCCAAAAUCCACGCAGGUCAGAGCACAGCAGUAUAAUGGCGAAGGGAUCAGCAGUUUCCCUGGCUGCUGCUGGGCAGGCAAUAAGGGAGAUGGUGCAAACCCCUCCUGGGCAUGGAGACCCACAUCUGUACUUGGGUAGUGGGCGGGAGGGCGGGUGGGUGUGUAAAUGUGCUGACACAAUGGCAAUAAGAACCAACAAACCCUUGGUUUUGUUGCAAACUGUUUUAUUAUAUCUCAGUCCAAGGACGUGCCUGAAGCAUGCUCAUCUCUUCCAAAAUUUCCUUUAGUGCUGUGAGGGGGAUUCAUGCUUAGGGUCAAGGAGUGAAAACUUCCAUUGUAACUUAUAUGUUUGUCCUGGAUUACUCAAUAUUACUUUCCAAGUGUGUAUCGGAAUUGCUGUCAGCUUCUGGGGCUUUAGUAAAACUCUCCAAAUGAGCUUUAACUCUGUGAUUAGGAGAAGAUAGGAUUUGUGAAAACAUAUUGAAAUGUCACUGUCUGUCCCUAUGGAGAAGUUCACGCUUACAGUUCUGUAGUUACUUGUGGAUGCACUACCCUUGAGCACAGUUGAUUUGGGAAAUAAAGGACGGUUGUUUGUUUUUUUACUGUGCUUUUUUGUGCCUUAAUGUGAAAUGCUCACUACAUUGUAAACUAGGAAGUGAAAACAAAAUAAACUGGAAUAAAAUGCAGGAUUGUAAAAUUGUAUCUUAUAACUUAUUAAAUAGAAAUGUUUGCUUCAUUAAAAUGUGCAUGUUAAAAACAA